CACGUGGUCCAUUUGAUGUUUGUGAUAAGCCGUUAAAUCCUCGUCUGAGCAUUUUACCAUCCGCAAAGCCUCGCACUCCUUACACUAAACUUACUGGAACGUCAUCUACGGUAAAAACUUCUUUAUUAAAUCCAGAUAGCCCGGAUGGUUGUUGGGAUGAAUUAUAUAUGAUUGCAGGUGGCACCGGAGUAACACCAAUGUUACAGCUAAUCAAGUAUCAUUUGGAAUGCUCGAUGAAACGAGAAAACGAUAACAAUAAAGACAAACGAAUGCAUUUAUUAUUUGGGAACCGUAAAAUUGAAGAUGUUAUCGAUGGAAUGUUCCUUGAAGAUCUUGCGCUUUCAAGUGGAGGACAACUAACUAUAACAUAUUGUCUCUCAGAGCCUCCUUCAGAUUGGGAAGGUUUGCAAGGAAGAAUUAAUAAACAAAUAAUACAAGAUUGGAUGAAUAUGAUGCAGGGUGUGUUCCUCCAGUCUCCUAGCGAAACUCAGAAGAAUAUUCUUCAUAGUCAUUCAAUACGUCGUGACGCAAGUGAUGAUAGUUGGAGUCAUUCACCAACGUUAAAGUUACAACCACCAUUCAUGAAGUCACACGAAAUUUCACAAACUUCACUGUUGCCACACGAGUCUACAAGCGUACACUCCCCUUCCAGAGAAUCAAAAACACCUCUCACACAAUCUGAUGACCAAAAAGAUGAAGAUCGUACAAAUGUUAUGGAACCUUACCUAGAACCGAAACCAUCAAAAAAAUCAGCGCUUAGUAUUGAUACAGAUUUAGCAAAGUCGGAAAAAAGUGACACUUUGAUACAAGGAAGAAUUAUUGUUAGUGGUCCAUAUGGUAUGUUAGUUUCUGUUGAAGAAGAUCUACUUGAGAUGGGAUUUAAUGAGCAAAAUAUGAUUAUAUU